AUGAAAGCCUCGAAAUUCCUAAUCCAAGUGCUAAAACCCAAUACUGAGCUGGACGAGAUGGCCGCUCUCAACUACAAGACCGAUGACAGUAGCGGCAUGGUGUUUCUUUCUGGGAAUUCCCAUCCGGAACUCUCACGGCUAGUUUCGGAUCGGCUUGGUAUACGUCAAGGAGAAGUGAUCGUUUACAACAAGACGAACCGAGAGACUUCCGUUGACAUAAAACAAUCAGUGCGUGGAAAGCAUGUUUUUAUUCUCCAAGUGGAUCAAAGUACGAACGUAAAUAAUGAUGUUAUGGAAUUGCUAAUUCUUAUCUACGCUUGUAAGACGUCGAUGUCAAAACGAUCACGGUAA